AUGCUUGCGUCUGCAGGAGGCGGCGCAACCCUCUUCUCCGUCCGUGGUGGCAACGAGCAAAUCCCUCGUCUUCUCCUAAGCUCCGCUCUCCAGGCCAAUCCGGCCGACUCUCCGCGCUAUUUUGUCCACGCUGACGUGAAGACGCUGUGUCCUGGUAAAAAGCAUCGGUGA